CACACACACACACACACAGUCGGUGAACUCCGCGCUGUGAUCUUCGUCAGUCUCGCGUUCAGCGCGUGUGGAGAAACAGCUGCUCCGCUCGUUUCCUCGAGGAGUGAGUGAUGUGAUUGACUUCUACUCUUCUUCAGGAGGAACCGACACUUCGAGAGGAGACACGACAGACAGCAGGAGAACCGAACCGAACCGGACCGAUCCGAACAGUCCCUGCGCGCGGAGCGAUGGAACCCUCAGCUCGGCGCUCGCGAGGAAACACAGAUGCGUUGUGGACCGGUGGCUUUGCCUCGUCCUUGAGCUCUUCUAGCUUGAGUUUGUGAAACUCCUUCAACACUGACCGCCGCCAAUCAUCUCCUCUAUCUCUUCUCACGCUCUCCAUGGCUAAUCUUCUGAGCUAUGUUUUGUUCCUGGUGCUCCGGACAUACGCCGCCCCGCCGGAGUACAUCCAAGUGUGGCCCGGCGGCUCGACGCCAACCCCGGGAGAUCUGGGCAACGGUACAGUUGGCCCUUCUUUAGUUCCUCCUCCAGGAACCAGCAAACAUGCUCCGCACAGCAUCAUCAUCGGCGUGCGAAAAGGAGGCACCAGAGCGUUGCUGGAAAUGCUGGAUAUCCAUCCCGAAGUAGCAGCGGCGGCUACCGAAGUUCACUUCUUUGACUGGGAUGAGAACUAUGCCAAAGGCUUCGAAUGGUACCGGGACCAAAUGCCCUAUUCGUACCCAAAUCAGAUCACCGUGGAAAAGACGCCGGGGUAUUUCACGUCUCCAGUGGCACCUGCGCGGAUCCACACCAUGAACCCUUCCAUCAGACUCUUGCUGAUCUUGAGAGACCCGACGGAGAGAGUCAUAUCGGACUAUACGCAAGUCUACUUCAAUCGCUUGGAGAACCACAAACCUGUACAGGCCAUCGAGAACAUGCUAGUCAAGAACGGCGCUCUAAACACACGCUACAAAGCCAUCCAGCGCAGUCUCUACGACGUCCACAUGAGGAACUGGCUUCAGCACUUUCCUCUGGAGCAGAUCCACAUUGUGGACGGGGAUACGCUGAUCCACGACCCCUUACCGGAGCUCCAGCGAGUCGAACGCUUCUUGCAUCUGCCGCCGCGGAUCGUGGCGUCCAACUUCUAUUUUAACCAGACCAAAGGCUUCUACUGCAUUCGCAGCGAUGGCCAUGAGCGAUGCCUGCACGAGUCCAAAGGACGGCCGCAUCCACCCGUUAACAGCACUGUGCUGCGACAGCUGCGCUCGUAUUUGCGCCAACACAAUCGGAACUUCUAUCAGCUCAUUGGACGUACUUUUAACUGGCAGUAGUGGGAGUAGCUGGAAUUAGCCAAUCACAGCCCAGCCGGGGGGCUGAUUGACAGCUGAUGCAUCAAACAAACCACUCCCCCAUGGACACGCCUCUUAAAGGGUUAGUCCACCCCAAAAUUAAAAUUCUGUCAUUAAGUACUCACUCUCAUGUCGUUCAAAACUCUUCGUUCAUCUUCGGAACACAAAUUAAGAUAUAUUCAAUGAAAUCUGAGAGCUC